GCCCACAAAUUUGGGAAAAAACACGGAAAUCACGGAAUUUUGUCGAAAUGCAGAAAAAAAGUUCGUUUAGUUCAAAUUCAAUUCAAUUGAAACACAAAAUGUUUCUUUGGCCCCAAUUCGGCCCUGGGAAUCCAUUUUUCUUGACAUUUUUUUUGUCUUUGUUUGUUUACUUUCUCUAAAAAUUGCAUUUUCUUCAUUAAAUCUUUGUUGUCAAUGCAAAAUAAAUCGAUUUUCUACUAAUUUGGAUCAUCAAGAUGAAAUCCUGAACUUGAGAUUUCCCCUAAAAACAUCAAAGAAGGAGGAAAAUCUGCUGGAAAUUCUUCAUUUAAAAGUCAGUGACUAAAUGCUCCAAAGGUCACACAAAACUUCAUCCCACGUCCAGUUGCAACGCAUUUCAUGACGACAGAUGUGAUUGAAAGUGUCCACGUAGCUGAGGAAAGUGAGGAAAACAUGACUGAUGAGGAGGGAUGCUGCAUUUCCCGGAAGCAUCUGGAAUUUAAUUGUAGAUCUCGAAAUAUCCAAAGAAGGCCAAAUGCAAGCGAUGGGAUGUGGUUGUGUGUCCUGCUUCCAUUGGCGCUCAUCAUUAACUCCUGGACGUACCAAAAGUCCUCGAGUUUGUUGUACAAAGUUUGUGGAUUAAUUAGUUUUGGGCUCUUCCUGCAAUCCCUGGAGAUUCUCUUCAAGCUCAGCUGUAGAUCAGUCAAUGUAAUUGCCAAUCUUGCCAGCAAAGUCGUUCCGGGGAUUGCAACAUCGCUGCUUAUUUGGUUCCUCCUGAAUAUCAAACUUCUAUUUAGCUUUGCUUGUGGGCUUCCUUGCUGCUUGAUCUUCAACUUUAUCUUCCUCUUCCUGCUCCGUCACCUGCCAAGGAGUUUUACACUCGGAGAAGCCACAAUAGUAGCCCAGGGCUUGGUUGUCUUCCUCUUUGGGGCCUCUGUUAAAGUCUUCAUCGCCUUUGAUGAGCCUCCGGAGGUGAAGAUUGAGGAAAUGACGGCAAUUCUCUCAGUUACUCUCCUGGGUGUCUUCCUGCUCAUCACCAUCACCUACGGGGUGUCCUUUUGUCGUCGUCCUGCUGUUUUCCUCAUCCUUCUCGCUGCAUGGGUCAUCCUAACCCUCCUUGCACCCAUCACAGAUCCCCUUCCCGUGGAACUUGUUGCUGAAUUCAUCUUCCUGGACACGGGGAGGUUGUCAGUCCUCCUUAUCUAUGCAGGUGUUGCCGGUAUAACGGGUGCCUUUGUGGCGUGGAAGAUCAGCAAGAAGAGCUCAACGAGUGUCUCCGUGCGGAAGAUUUUUCACCUCGUCAUUGUCAUUGUCUACCUCAUUGGGAUCAUUUUCCAAUGUACAAUGCUCUUCCUGCUCUCUGGCCUGGUCUUGGCACUCUUCAUUGUCUUCGAGGCCGUCCGUUUGGUUGCCUUCCCCAAGAUUGCUCCACACCUGGAGGCAAUUAUUGCGGCAUUUGUGGAUGCAAAAGAUGCCGGAUUGGUGGCUUUUACACCAAUCUACCUCCUUGCCGGUUGCUCUCUCCCACUGUGGUUCCAUCCAUCUCCCUGUGAUCUCACGGACUCCACAACCUUCACCCUCCUACCGCUCAUUGCUGGUGUUCUCUCGGUGGGAAUUGGCGACACAAUGGCCGGGGUUGUUGGGAGCAAAUUCGGUCGGCAUCGGCUCGUCAAUUCGCAGAAAACAGUCGAGGGGACUGUAGCCAACAUUGCCAGUCAAUUAGGAAUGAUUUUCUUCCUGCACUUUGUGGGACUUUUGCAUCUCAACAUCUUCACAAUCAUCAUCAGUUUCGUCGGAGUCAUUGCAAAUGCAAUAAUUGAAGCGAAAACAGAUCAAGUGGACAAUCUCUUUCUGCCUCUAGUCACAUUCAUCAUCUUCUCAUUACGCUUCUAGAGAGUUAAAAAUGAGCAAUUUAUGAUAUUUGCUUGUACACACACGAUGUUUUUUAUUUUCAUGAAUGAAGGAGAAAAAGGUGAAUGGGAUGAGCUCCAUAAGCAAUUAUUAUGUAUCAUAAAAGUCGCCCCAAAUUCGGGAAAUGUCGCGCAUUAAAUAAGAUUAGGAACAACAAAUUUUGCAAAUAAAUUUAUAUUAUUAUAUCACA